AUGAAGAUGGUCAAAAACUGGUUCCGACGUUAUUUUAAGUGGCUGUGCUGGUUUGACAUACAAAGGUUUUAUAGUAUGAAUGUUGGAAGUAGGAAAACUUUAAACAUGUGGAGAAACUCUCAUUGUGAUGGUAGAAAUGAAAUUGGACAGCAUGCAAGAGUCACGGCAGUUGAUUUUCGAAAAAUGGGGGACUUCUUUGAAUAUGUGAUUCGAUGGCCGAUAGGACAGCCGCCUGUUGCUGACUGCAGUAAAUACUGUACUGGACGUUUCUCUAUUUCGCUCAAGAAGAAAAAGGUCAUCCAUAUUUUCAAAUUCAAUUGGCUCUAUCAUGGCAACCUUAAGUCCAGAUUGGGCUUGACUCACUCUUUAUUCAUAACGACUUAUGUCUGA